CAAACCACAUGGCCGUCGUGGAGCGACCGAAAGUCGUGGAGCGGGUGAAGGUGCAUCCUGUUGCUCUUUUCUCGAUUGUAGAUGCGUAUCAGCGGCGCAGCGACGUAUCUCAUCGCAUUAUCGGGACCCUGCUGGGUUCGUGUCAGAAAGGAACGGUUGAGGUGCGAGCUGCCUUUCCUGUACCACACCAGGAGACAGAGGAUGAGGUCUCAGUUGAUCUUGAAUUUGCUAGCAAUAUGGUAGAGUUACACAAGAAAGUGAAUACUAAGGACACGAUUGUUGGCUGGUUUGCUACUGGAUCAGCUAUCACUGCCCAUUCGAACCUUAUACACGAGUAUUACAUUCGUACAACGGUGGGCAGCACCGGUCCGAUACAUUUAACCGUCGACACAGCUCUCACAGACAAUCGAAUGGGAAUCAAUGCAUACAGACGAGCCCCAAUGGGUGUCCCCGGAAAGACACAGGGUUCUAUAUUUUUUAACGUUCCGUGUGAAGUGUGUAGCUACAAUGCAGGGAGCGUGGCCGUAAAAGAGAUGCUCGCUGGUAGAAAAGUGAAAGACAAGACACUGACUUUAGGAACAGAUCUUGAGCAAGUACUACGGUCAACUGAGAAGAUGCUCGAAGUGUUGGAGAGAAUAACAGCGUACGUCGACGAUGUCUUGGCUGGUCGCAUCACUGCCGACAGUUCGAUUGGUCGGAUGUUAUUCGACGUCGUGGCAAGCGUUCCGACGAUCGAUCCUGAACAGUUUGAGUUGAUGGUGACAAGUGGCAUGGAGGACCUCCUCAUGAUUGUCUAUCUCGCUAACAUAGCUCGGGCACAACUUUCCCUCGGCGAGAAACUCACAAGCGUUUUGUAGUAAAACGUCUUAUUUGUUUUAUUAAUCAAGUUAGAUGUAUCUAAGUAGUUUGACUCGACGCAAUAGUUUAAUUGGUAAACUCAAGUAAAUUUGAAAAUUUAAGGCAACCAUUGAUCUUGUGAUGCAGCAAA